UAAUUAUCAUUAUUUAAUAAGUAUUAUCGGAAUGUCUAAUAAAAGUAAUUUAAAAUAUUUUACGAUGCCUAACAAACUGAAAAAAUUGCUUCUGUGAUGCACAUGCAUUACAUUCGUAUUGUAGUGACUUUCAUGUAGUACGUAUGUCCACCUGUAUGGAAGCGAUGGAACUGUCCUUGGUCGGACUAAGUUCAGGUUAUAAGUAUAUUAUUAUAUAAAUAUUAAAAAUUAAUUAUUAUUUUUCAUAUAAAGCUGAUCAUUGUCAGCUUGCAAAAGAAGAUGUUACGCCCAAUUUCAAGUAAAAUUUUCUCAGAGAAUGGGAACUUGCUAUUGUUGCGUAGUUUCAGCGCAAAAGCAAAAAAGCAGUCCACGAUAAGUGGAAAUGUCACAGGUCUCAGCGACAAAUGUGUUAAAGUUCCAAGUGCACCUGUAGGUCCUAAUGCUGCCAAGGAUAAGGAAUAUAAAAAUCCAGAAUACUUUUGUUAUCACACAGACUCCUUUGGGGAAGCUGAAGUGGAACUUGCAAAAUUUCGAUUGCCAGCACCUUCUAACAAAGUACCCUUCCAACAAUAAAUAAAACAACAAGUUUUUAUCUUAUUAAUAAUAAUAAUAAUGUAAUAGGUAAUACACUACAUAGAAUAAAUUAUUUAAACUGAAAA